CUUUCUCGAGGCGUGCCUCGCCGGCGGAGGGUUCGGAGCCCGCGUUCCCGUCGCGGCCCUCCGGUGCUGGUGUCCGCGUGGCGCGGAGCGAGGCCACACGGCCCCUGCUCGAGGCCCGCGUCGCCAUGGCCGCGGUUCCCGAGUUGCUGGAGCAGCAGGAGGAGGACCGCAGCAAGUUAAGAUCUGUGUCUGUGGACCUGAAUGUUGACCCAUCGCUUCAGAUCGACAUACCUGAUGCACUCAGUGAGAGAGAUAAGGUCAAGUUUACAGUGCACACCAAGACCACACUGUCCACAUUUCAGAGCCCAGAGUUUUCUGUUACAAGGCAACAUGAAGACUUUGUGUGGCUGCAUGACACUCUUACUGAAACAACGGAUUAUGCUGGCCUUAUUAUCCCUCCUGCUCCUACAAAGCCAGACUUUGAUGGCCCUCGAGAGAAGAUGCAGAAACUGGGAGAAGGGGAAGGAUCUAUGACAAAAGAAGAGUUUGCCAAGAUGAAGCAAGAACUGGAAGCUGAGUAUCUCGCUGUCUUUAAGAAGACUGUGUCCACCCAUGAAGUCUUUCUUCAGCGGCUUUCUUCUCACCCUGUUCUCAGUAAAGACCGCAACUUUCAUGUUUUCUUGGAAUAUGAUCAGGAUCUAAGUGUUAGACGGAAGAAUACCAAGGAGAUGUUUGGAGGCUUUUUUAAAAGUGUGGUGAAGAGCGCCGAUGAGGUCCUUUUUUCUGGAGUUAAGGAGGUGGAUGACUUCUUUGAGCAAGAGAAGAAUUUCCUUAUUAACUAUUACAACAGGAUCAAGGAUUCCUGUGCUAAAGCAGACAAAAUGACCAGAUCUCACAAAAAUGUUGCUGACGACUAUAUCCACACUGCAGCCUGCUUGCAUAGCCUGGCCUUGGAAGAACCCACAGUCAUCAAAAAGUACCUGUUGAAAGUUGCAGAGCUAUUUGAAAAACUUAGGAAAGUGGAAGGUCGAGUCUCAUCAGAUGAAGACUUAAAACUGACAGAGCUCCUCCGAUACUACAUGCUCAACAUAGAGGCUGCAAAGGAUCUCUUGUAUAGACGUACCAAAGCCCUAAUUGACUAUGAGAAUUCAAACAAAGCUUUGGACAAGGCCCGGUUAAAAAGCAAAGAUGUCAAGUUGGCAGAGACUCAUCAGCAGGAAUGCUGCCAGAAGUUUGAACAGCUUUCUGAAUCUGCAAAAGAAGAGCUGAUAAACUUCAAACGGAAGAGAGUGGCAGCAUUUCGAAAGAACCUAAUCGAAAUGUCUGAACUGGAAAUAAAGCAUGCCAGAAACAACGUCUCCCUGUUGCAGAGCUGCAUCGACUUAUUCAAGAACAACUGACCUGUCUACUCUGAAGGACACCAAUGUGAAAGCCAGCAUCACUUGCACUUAAAUCAUUACUGCAAAAGAAAUAGCUUUGACUAGUUUAAAAUCAUGUGAAUAAAUAUUUUGAUUUCUAAAAAUCUUAACACUUAACCAUGUUGGUUUAAAAAUAUUUUCAUUGCAUGUUACUUGGACAUAACUAAUCCUUUUCUUAUGCAUUUAAUACCUCAAAGUAGGUAGAAUCUAACAGAUUCUCCUAUAGACUGUCAGGAAUUACUAAGAAAUGGUAUGGAGAUGUGUGCCUUCUGGAAAUGAGAAGCAAUAGCCUGGCCCAUGUCUGUCUGAACAUUUCCUGUGUCUGCUCCUACAGACAUGUCAGGUGUGAAUUACAGCAAACAGUGACUGCUUGUGGGCAGGUGGCAGACACUCUUCUUUAUUUAGGUAGAUUUUGCUCCCUCUUGUCAAGAUCACUUCAGAUGCUUGUACGGUAACAAGCAAGAAGAUCUCAUAUGUCUUUUUACAUCCUUUACAGCUCCAUUUUUGUAACUGGGAUAUAAAUACUUGAGAGAAAGGAGAAUCUAGAGUUCUGACACUCCCUGAUGGUGGGGCAUGUGUGUUUGUGCUUUGGAUGUUUUUAUAAAGUAUAUAAUAAAGAUAAUCCAUGUUACCAUAUGGAGUGCUUUUGUAGAAAACUAGACCUCAAGAAUGCUGGCAGCUCCACAGGUGGAAAGGGUUCAUUAGCUGCCCUCUUGUAACCUUUACUAACAUCUUAGGGAUUGAGCCAGGGCUUUGUGCAAACCAUUGACAGUGCUUAGCCCUCAGUACUCCUUUGAAACAGGAUUUGGCUCUGAACCCAGGACUCCACUGACUCAGCUUUACAGCCUCUGGAGUUCUGCAGUUAUGGUAUACCAACAUAUCUGGCUCAGUCCCAGGUUUGAAGACUGAGUCUUGGCUCUGUUUGCUGUAUAUGAAUACUUGGGGGGGGGUGGGUCCUAUCUAAACUGGUUUGUUUGUAUUGAUUCCAUAGCACAAAUUGAUGGAAGUCUGGAUUUAUUUAAGAAAAGAUUUCACAACAAA